UUUAGCAACGAGUUGAAAAUUCUAAUGAAAAAUUCUAAGCUUCCGGCUGGAGAAUGGUUGGAAGUUGAAAAAUCAAGCUAUUUGUACAAAUUAACUCCACUUAUAGAUGAAGCAGGGCUGUUACGCAUGGAAGGUCGAGCGGGACCUGCCGAAUUCCUACCAUUUGACUUGCGGUUUCCAAUAAUACUACCUAAAGACCAUGCCGUUACAUUAAAAAUUGUCCAACACUAUCACGAGCGGUAUGGACAUGGGUACAGAGAAACGGUGAAGAACGAGUUGCGGCAACGUUUCAUGAUUGCUCAGGUAGGCAGCGUCGUAUCCAAAGUGGCAAGAGAAUGUGUGCAGUGUAAAAUAGCAAAGAGUCGUCCGCGGUCUCCUCGAAUGGCUGCAUUACCGGUGCAAAGAUUAACUCCUUAUCUUCGGCCAUUCUGCUUCGUGGGCAUCGAUUAUUUCGGACCGUUGGCGGUAACAUCUGGGCGGCGAAGUGAAAAGAGGUGGAUUGUGUUAUUCACUUGUCUGGUAGUCAGGGCAGUACACCUUGAAGUAGCGCACUCAUUGACAACGCAGUCGUGUAUGAUGGCAAUAACUCGCUUCAUCUGUCGUCGUGGCCCGCCGUUAGAAGUAUUCUCGGAUAAUGGUACAAAUUUUAAGGGGGCGAGUAGGGAGCUGGUCAACGAAGUACGCAACAUCAACGAGAAUUGCGCAGGAGAAUUAACAUCAGCCCGGUUGAAAUGGAAUUUCAACCCUCCCGCAUCUCCCCAUAUGGGGGGAGUCUGGGAGAGACUAGUUCGUUCAACGAAAGAUGUUCUGAAGACCAUAGAUGAUGGGAAGAGACUGACAGAUGAAAUUCUGACGACUGCAAUUACUGAAGCUGGGGAUAUCAUCAACAGUCGACCGCUGACCUACGUCACAAAUGAAUCAGAUCAUUCUGAGGCUAUCAGCCCAAAUCAUUUUCUUCGUGGAGUUACACCGAAUGAACCAAGGUUCAACACCUUUCCUACCAACACAGCGGCAGCUUUGCGGGAUUCCUAUCAGCGAUCGCAGCAGAUAGCAGAUGAGAUGUGGAAAAGAUGGAUCAAAGAAUGGAGACAAGCGGAAGAGUUGGGUACGCGGAAUAGUAGAGGAACCAAUAGUUUCUGGAGAUGGCAGAGUACGUCAAGCCUGGGUACGUACCAACAGUGGUAUUUUGAAGCGGGCGACAGCGAAACUUGCGGUGUUCGAAAUCAAUGAAAGUGACGCUGGACCGGAAGCAUCGGACCAGGUUCACGGGGCGGGGCAUGUUGCGGUAAACCUGUAGAUAUGGCAACGCAGUGUCUGUCGCACAGUGAGUAGAGUGGACAAUCUGCUGUAUCUAGCAAUACGGCGAAGUACGAAUGGGAAGAAAUAUGAUGGUAAGGUCAUUAGGAUCAAAACAAAACAGAUGAUUAUCUAUCCAACGUGGAAAUCAUAUUGUGUGAAACUUUAAACUCUUUAAAAUAUUGUAAAAAUUCCUAAAUAAAAGCUAGUUUGUUAAAAAAUAAUUAAAACGUUCACUGUACAAGUAAGUCUACAUAAAUUAAUCAAAAAGUCCUACUUAAAACUAACUUAAAUCUAAAUAAAUUAGGUACGAGACUGUCAAGCAGGUUAGAUUAAAUUUGCAAAAAUAGUGGAUGUGCACGAUUAUUUUACAGUAAGUUCUGAACAAUUAUUUCUUUUCCCUACACCAAGAUAUAGACUAGCUACUUAAACUAACUUAAACUUAUAUGAAUUUAGAGUUUCUACUGUGCUGAACUGGAAUUUAUAGCAUAA